AUGCAAUUUAACAGCACCCCGUGGAAUCCCACGGGCAAUACCGGGGUGGCCGGCCGCGUCUAUGGCGCCUUGAAGCUGGUCUGCUGCACCAUUCCCGCGCGCACCGUCUCUAACGCCUUCAACUGGGAGGUCUCGCGCAAAUUCUGGUUUUCUUUCCUGUUCGUCUCGAUUUUCGCCGCCAAAUUGCUUCAUCUGUACGCCCAUAUCGAUUCCAUCCCCGUCGGAACCCUUUUCCUCUGGGGCUCGACCUUUUUCGUACAGGAUAUCAUUUUCUUGUUUCUCGCGCAUGGUUUGGCCCGGAGCUACCAGACACGAUGGCUGCGCAUUACCGCGGCUGUUGUUUUGAUUUGUGGCAGUCUUGGACUUUCCGUCAUGGCCGCCGCCAACACCUCCUUCUACUUCACCACCGGUGCCGAAAUCCACUGGCGCCAGGCCGGUGGAUUUAACCGCGAUCCCGCGUCGAUCAACACCCUGCUCACUGGCUUGACCGGUCUGGUCAUCGUCGAGGCCCUGUAUCUGGUUGUGGCAGCAUGUGCCACACCGUAUCUCUACAACGGCAUCGGAGGGGUUAUGCAUACCUGGAGCGAGUUUUUGGUCUCGAUCUGCAAGCCGGUGGUCAAGCCGCUGGCCGAUAUGGUCUUUCGCCGCUGGGGCAAGGGCCGCAAGUUGUUUGAGGAUUUGAAGAUCUACGAGCCCGUUCCGCUGAGCGAUUACGAUGACGAGGAGGACAAGAUGGGCAAUUCGGCUCCUCUCCUCGACCAGCCGCCGCAGCUGCAGGAGAACAGCAGCAAAAACGAUCCCUCGCAGCGCUGGAAGACCGUCGCCAAGCGUGCGCUGAUCAUCGUGCCGACCGCGUUUAUUUUCUUCCUGCGUCUGAUUCGCCCCUCGGAGGAGUCCCUCUGGUUCCUCUCGCAGACCGUGAUCAUUUCUCCCUUCGCCGGAGUCGACUCCAAGGGCAAGCUGAACCAAAUCUCCGACGACCCCUACCUUCGCGACAAGUUGACUGCUCUGGCGGCCCCGCCCCGCUGGGAUUGGUUCCCCGAGGGCGAGUGGCCUGGUUUCCGUGACUGGCAGACUGGUCCCCUCGGCGGCGACAAGUUUUCCCACUACAACACUAAGGAAGACCCCCUGCACGUUGGCAAUUUGGAUCAGGAUGUUCUGGAGCCGCUCCGCGAUGCGCUCAGCAGCGGCAAGGUCAACAUCAAGCACAUAUUUGUCUUUAAGAUGGAGAGUACCCGCUACGAUGUCUUCCCACUUCGCAAAGGCUCUUACAUGCACGACCGGAUCAUCAACUCGUACAAGAACCACCGCAUUCCCAAGGAUGUCCAGCGCCGCCUGGCCAACUUGACCCAAGUCGCCGAGCGUCUGACUGGAGCCGAAUCCGGCUUCCACAAGAAGGGCGCCAUCAAGCCCUACGGUGGGAUCCGUGCCGAUAACUCGUACACUGGUGGUACAUUCACCCUCAAGAGUAUCGAGGCCACCACCUGCGGUCUUUCCCCUCUGGUUAUCGAUUUCAACCACGAGUACGAGCACCACAUAUACCAGCCCUGCAUGCCACACGUCCUCGAUGUUCUCAGCGCCGGAACCAACAACAGCGAGAGCAACGACUACAAGCAGUGGCCCUGGCGCCCGACCUUCAUGCAGUCCAUCACCGACACCUACGACCACCAGGACCGUCUGACCCCUGCCCUGGGCUUCAAGCCUGAGAACAUCGUCACCGUGGAGAAAAUCGACGAGGAGAUCGAGAACGGCAAGCCCUGGAACUACACCAAGUUCAAUUUCUGGGGUUACCCCGAUGGUUCGAUGGGCAGCUACUUCCGCGACGCGAUUGAGAAGGCUGAGCGCGACCACGAGCGUCUUUUCCUCACCCAUCUGACUGGUAUCACCCACCACCCCUGGGACUCGCCCGAUGGAAAGUACGAGGAGCUGGUUGGUAGCGAGACAAACUCGUUCGGUGGAAAGAAUGACGGACUGAACCGCUACCUGAACACGAUUGGCAUCAACGACGAGUGGUACGGUGACUUUUUGGAUAUCCUCGAGGAAACUGGCGUCGCCAACGAGACUCUGAUCGUCAUGACCGGUGACCACGGUCUUUCUCUCCCGGAGGAUGGCAACGUCACCCCUUACGACAACCCUCUCGUUUCCAACUUCCACGUCCCUCUGAUCUUUGCCAACCCCAAUCUACCGCCUAUCUCCAUCAACUCCUCCGUCACCUCCGUCCAAAUCCUUCCUACCAUCCUCGACCUGCUCAAGACCUCCGGCUCCCUCGACGCCCACUCCACCCGCGCCGUCAAGGACCUCCUCCCCAUGUACGAGGGCCAGUCCAUCAUCCGCCCCAUCGUGACCAAGAACAACGACACCGCAUACUACCAGUUCACCGUCAUGAACACCGGCGGCUCGCUCGUCGCCAUGCGCUCAGCCACCCGCCCCUACCGCCUCAUCGUUCCCCUUGUCCCCGAGGUCGAGUGGCGCUUCACCGAUCCCUCCAAGGACCCGCAGGAGCAAGAUCCGAUCAAGUCCUUCGAUCUUGACGGUCUCGUCGAGGCCAUCGAGUCGAAACACGGCUCCAAAGCCGUGGAGUGGACUCACGACGCUGCCCGUGCGGCCCAGUGGUGGGUUGCAGACAAUUGGCGGAGAUAUGAGUAUGACCCGUCCAAGCCGAAAUAA